AACUUGGUGGGUUCUACUAAUGACUUGUGGGCGAUUGUCCUCCCGCUCCUCAAACAGACCCAAGUCGGCAAAUUUGGACGGAAUUCACAAUAUCCAAACCGUCAUCGGGAGGACCCCUCAAGCAUCUUAUCCGGAGGGAGUCACUAAGGGGGAUAUCAAUACCGAGAGGAUCGUCUGUUAGACUUUUUGUAGCCGCUUGUGCACGCACAUGGACGUAACAUAUUUUCACGACAGACUUAACCCAUAAUAGUAUAUCCUGUAUUCUCGAAGGGACUAAGAAAGAUACUCCGCGCUGCAUCAACUAAUGGAUUGCAUUCGCCCUGGGGUUGUGCCGCAGGCGUCAUGGAUCUUGGUCCAAUCAGCGACUAGAUGUCGGUCUUCCCAUCAUGGUGUACAUCUAAUCGUGGAGGAAUCUCAAAAUGCUGCAUGGUCCCAUUCCAGUAUUCGCCACCUCCAGUGACCAUGACUGACACCAAGGCAGAGAUGCGAGAAUUCGGUCGAGAUUUACGUCGAGCUCGUACCAUCCUCAUCAAGAUCGGAACGGAGAUCGUCCAUUCCCCUGAGGGAUUAUUAGCCAUGGGGCAGAUUGGCAACAUCGUCGAGCAGAUCGCAAUACUGCACAUGCGCGGCCACAACAUCAUCCUCGUAUCGAGUGGCUCGAUCACUAUUGGCAAAAUGGUAUUGCGUCGUCAAUAUCUGCUGUCGGGGUCGAUGCAGUCACAUCUUGGUGGUCAAGUGGAAGAUAACGUGGAGUUUUACGAGAAAGCGUGUGCGGCUGCAGGCCAGAGUGGCCUGCAGAGUCUGUACGAGAUGUUGUUCUCUCAGUACCAUUUGAAUUGCUCUCAAGUAUUGGCGUCUGACACUGAUUUUCGAGAACCUCAAGUGCGUGAGAAUCUGAAGAACACACUGACGACGCUGUUGGAUGUCGGUAUUAUUCCGGUAAUCAACGAGAACGACGUCAUCACACGUCGAACAGCUCCUUUGCUAAGUGGAGAAAAGAUGGCGUGGGAUAACGACUCGUUGGCGUCGCUCUUCGCUCAAGAGAUGCAAGUGGAUCUCAUGGUGAUCAUUACGGAUGUGGACGGCAUCUACACCGCCUCGACCUCUUCUGGAGACGAUCGCAAGCUCAUCUCGCGCUUUAAGCGAGAUGAUAAGCCGUUCGUCGUGCCUGAGUCUAGAGUAUCGUCCAUGGGUCAGAACGAUAAGGUGCACUCGUGUAUCAGAGCUGUGGAUAGCGGGGCUGUUCGCGCUGCUGUGGUCGCCAAGGCCGAGCCAGGAGUUCUGCUACGCAUUGUCAAGGGGGAACGUGUGGGAACGCUCUUCAUAUCGCCAGACGGCAAACCCAUCGGUGAUGCUACAACAGAGGAGAAACACAUUGACCCACUGUAUACUGGUAUUGCCAAGCGAACUCGAGGCCAGUUGAGUAAGUUGUAGGCAGACUACACACACUACUGAUGCUACUCACUGUACCGCACCGGAACACAAUCGAUGUGGUACUUCAAAUAGCAAGUAUUCUAGCUCCAGUAUCGGUUUUAGUAGUGAAGCUGUGUUCAUCCUAUCUUCUACUAGCACUCUCGCACUCUGUUUAAGCGAGGUAUUAAGGUCAGUAUUUGCACCUAGCAGCAUUUGGUCUCGGUAGACUUUGAGUUGUUUGGGGCUGCUGACU